UAUGCAAGAUUCUUUAAACUCAAGUCUCGACUCCCUAGAAUUGGAGAUUUUUCAUAAGCCAAAUACUUAGAUUAAAUCUAUAUUAGAAUAUUUACGUAACCAGAAACUUUAAUUCUGUACGGAUCCUAAAAAGAAAUAAGAUAAUUAUUACUCAAGUUCAACUGAAUCACUUGAUUCUUUCUCAUUAAAGAAAAACAAAUUUUUCCAGAAAUACAAAUCAAGUACCUCAAUUGAAAAUCAUGAAAAUUGAUU